CAUUUACCCUCUAUUCUUGAUUCAACAAAUCUUAACCCCACCACAAAAUUUUGUUUUUCUUGUUUAAAAGCAAAGUGUUUCAGUGUACUUAUUUGGCGUACUCGAAAAAUGGCGAAAAAAACGUACGAUUUAUUAUUCAAGUUGUUACUUAUCGGUGACUCUGGUGUCGGCAAAACUUGUAUAUUAUUUAGGUUUUCAGACGAUGCUUUUUCCACUACAUUUAUUUCAACAAUAGGUAUUGAUUUUAAAAUCAAGACAGUUGAAUUGAGAGGAAAAAAAAUCAAAUUGCAGAUAUGGGAUACCGCUGGACAAGAAAGGUUUCACACUAUCACUACUUCCUAUUAUCGAGGUGCUAUGGGUAUUAUGUUAGUUUAUGAUAUAACAAAUGAGAAGACCUUCGAAAACAUUGUCAAAUGGCUAAGAAACAUAGACGAGCAUGCAAAUGAGGACGUUGAGAAAAUGAUAUUAGGAAACAAAUGUGAUAUGGAGGAGAAGAGGGUUGUGAGCACGGAAAGGGGAGAGGCUAUAGCGAGAGAGCACGGAAUUAGAUUUAUGGAGACAUCGGCGAAAGCUAAUAUUAAUAUAGACCGAGCGUUUAGUGAAUUAGCGGAGGCAAUCUUGGAGAAAACUCAUGGCAAAGAACCACAAGAUGCCCCAGAUCGAGUGACGGUCGAUCGACGAGUAGAAAGAAGUUCCAAUCGGUGCUGCUAAUUUUACGAAAAAAAAAAAAAAAAUUUUCUGUGGACGCAUAAUAAGCAAUUUUUUGUCUAUGUCCAUGAGGCUGUAUUCGUGGAUAGCAUUAGCUUUAUCGUGUUACCUCGUAAUGCUUUUUGUAAUAUCAGUGACGGAAUCAUAUAUAUAGAAAUGAAAAGCACUGCCUAAGAAAAAAAACAAAAAAAUAAACCCUUUUUUUUGUUCUCGCGAUUUUAGAUAUUCUCUCGGCAUUUCUAAUUGUAGAAGAAAAUAAACAAUUAUUUAAAAAUCAUUAAAUAGAAGAGAAAAAAAAACUCAUCAUUUUCCGAUGAGAAAAAAAAAAAUUUUGUACGCGAUUUUAUAAAAUUUUCACUGAUAAUAAUCUAUUUUAUACGAGUACAACAAUUUUGCACACGAAGACUGUCUUUUUUUUUGUUCUUCUGACAAGUAUUUCGAUGAAAAAAAUAAUAAUUCACACGCGACAAUUUAUCGUACAGUAGAGCUCGUAAUACUUUCAGUUUGUUAGCUUAUAAAAUAUAUAUAAAUUUUUCUUUCUUCGCUAAUAAUCGUGAGGGUAUAUUUGACACGUGUGAUGAGCACCUAAAAUAUUGUUAUUUAAAUUUUCUUUUUUCCCGAAAUUUAUCAUUUUUACACUUAUGACAACAAGGCCAUACAUUCUACUUAAUAACGAGUUUACAAUUUAUUAUUUAUUCGAAUAUUUUGAGAAACAACUUAUUUUCAAUAAUCUCAUUAUUGAAAAUAAUUUUUUUUUGAAUAUUUUAAGAAAAGAACAAUAAUAAUAUAAUAAUUUCUUAUUUUUUAAUUAGUAAAAAAAAGGUAAAUUUAGGGAAUUUCUCUUGUGUAUUGUGUGUGUAUGUAAAAUUGCAACCGUGAAGCAAUAUCUUGAGAGUCGAAUUAUCAAAAAUAGAAAUAAGUGCCGUUCUUUUUAUAUUUUCUAAUAAUGGACGCAAUGAGGAAGAAACCUACAUCACUCAUGUAAGAAAUAGGGAAGUGUGUAAUUAUUAGAUAAACAAACAAAAAAGUAAUUAUCCGAUUUAUACAACCGUAUAUUGCUUCCUUCUUUCUACAAAUGUUGUGAUUAGUUAGAAGGAAUAUAUAUAUAAAUUAUUUACUUCGCUGCUGUUAUCAAUGUGUUGAAAUUAUCAUUUUAAGAAUUUAAGCUUUGAUACGAAUAUUAUAUUUAUAUUAAUUUCUAGAUAUGGAAUUUUCAGUUAAAGUUAACAAUGUAAUAAAAAGGUUCAUAAAAGAAA